AUGAAAAGGAAAAAUCAUCACAGCAAACACGAUGAUAAGCAAGAGGAUAGAAGGCAUCAGGAGGAACAGAGGGGUGAAAAGGUAAAAAAUAAUCAUAAGAAAAAUGAAGAUAAGCGGAAAGGAGAAGGGAAAAGAAACAAUGAUGCUAAAGGCGAGGGUAAGAAAGUGCAGGAGAGGAAAAAGUAUGAACUGGAAAGUAUUCAAAGGAAGGAUGACAAUGAUAGAAGGAAGAGGAUGAAAACGGAUGAUAAUCGAGUUGAUGAAAAGCGUCGAAACGAUGAACGUGGGCAGGAUGAACGUAGGCAUGAUGAAAGUGGGCAGGAUGAACGUAGGCAGGAUGAACGUAGGCAGGAUGAACGUAGGCAGGAUGAACGUAGGCAUGAUGAACGUGGGCAUGAUAAACGUAGGCAUGAUGAACGUAGACACGAGGAGCGUAGGCAUGAUGACCGACGAAAUGAUGAACACCGACAGGAUGAAUCCCCCCACGAGGAAGAUAAAAGACAUACCCGGAAAAGAGGAAUGGAAAAAAAGGAUUCUUAUAAAAAACACGAUGAUUUGUUGCAUGCACGUGAGAAAAGUAUGCACGACAGGAGGAGGUCGUCAAGUCAUAGAUACGGUCGAAGCAGGGAUAGAAAUUCCGUUGCACAAUCCAAACACGCACAGAAACAUAGACAUAAAGAUAGAAAAGCUAAUAAUAAGUGUGUUUCUCCAUCGCGUGGUGAUGUACACUCCAGGCGAAGUGAAAGUCAAUAUAGUAAAGAUAAUAUGAAUCGUGGAAAAGACCAUCGCUCGCACAUAAUGAGGACCCCAUAUAGUGAAGAAGAACGGAAACGGAAUGGAAAUGAUUCUGUAAAUUAUCACCAUAGUCACAAUUCUAAUACUAUGCGUAUGUCUUGUAAUGGCAACCAAAGGAAUAGCUAUAUUUUCAAGAGUAACGAAAGUAUGAAUGAUAACCAUAACUAUGGCUAUAGCUGUAGUUAUAACAGAAAUGAUGGAGAGGGUUCAACUUUGAACAAUUCAACAUUUCAUUCGAAUGAAGAAUUAAGGAGAAACAUCGACUUAGAUGAGAAGAACAUGGAGAUAAGGAAAAGCGAGCUGAAAGAUGAAGCGAAUGGAUUAACAACCACAUCUGCUGUGAUGAAUCAAAACGGAGCUUGGUAUGAACCGAAUUUCGGGGACAUCCUGAUGAGGAAUAGAAAUAUGCCUAAUGGUAACUUUUCUUAUGAAGGAGAAAUGAAAAUUGGAAAUAAAAAAAAUAUGAAACUUAGGGAUUACAAGAUGAAAAAUAUGAAAAAUGGAAAAAAUGGAAAAAAGAACAAAAAGGGAAAAAAAAUGAGAAAUAUGAAAAAUAAAAAUUCCGCCAUAUUUUUAAAUGAAGAAUAUUUUGAUCACAACCUCCAGCAGAAUCAGCAGAUGAAGAAUAUGUUUAACCAAGGAGUGCGAACAAUGGAUGAAAGUAAUCCCCAAAUCUCAGGAUCUAGGAAUUUUAUGAACCCAGACAACGCGACCCAUAUCCCGGAUCCAUCUACGGGGUUUCAAAGCAAUGCCACUAUGGCUAAUCUCGUCGGGCACAACAACAGCAAUGUUAGAAAUGCCAGUAAUAGCAAUAUGAACGGCCAUAUGAACGGCCAUAUGAACGGCAAUAUGAACAGCAAUAUGAACAGCAAUAUGAACAGCAAUAUAAACAGCAAUAUGAACAGCAAUAUGAACAGCAAUAUAAACAGCAAUAUGAACGGCAAUGUACCAACGGGAAGAAACACAAACAAUUCCACGAACCUUUUUAACAAUACACCGUUUCCCCAUAGCAAUGACAUAGGAGGAGGAUACACCAACAGGAGUAACAAUAACCUUUUUAAUGAAAGUCAAGCAGGGACAAAUGGAAAUCUACGAUCUAUUGCCACCAUUGCUUCCCCCACUCCUGCAAAUCCAAACAAUAUAAAAAUCGGAUCUACUGAAAUGAUGAAUAUUAACAACAGUGCUGUUAACAACCUCGUUGAAGAACCCAGAGAUUUUUUUUUCAAUCCCAAUAAAAACAAAUUGGGACAACAGCGUAACAAUAUUAAUAAUAUAGGAGAUUCAAACAAUACUGCAAUUCCACCUCCUCCAUAUUCUGCUUCAGCUAGUCAUAGGAAGGGGUUGAUUCUAUUUCCAAACGAUGGGCACAUGAAGAUGAUGAGUAGCGGGAAUGUGAGCAAUGCAAAUCUUAGCAGCAAUCCUAACUUGAUAAACAACUCAAACAUGAUAAACAACUCAAACAUGAUAAACAACCCGAACAUGAUAAACAACCCGAACAUGAUAAACAACCCGAACAUGAUAAACAACCCGAACAUGAUAAACAGCCCGAACAUGAUAAACAAUCCGAACAUGAUAAACAAUCCGAACAUGAUAAACAAUCCGAACAUGAUAAACAAUCCGAACAUGAUAAACAAUCCGAACAUGAUAAACAAUCCAAACUUUAUGAAUAAUCCUAACAUGAUAAACAAUCCGAACUUUAUAAAUAACCCGAAUUUCAUGAACAGCAAGUUCCCGCCCCCUGAACCCCUUUCAAACAGACAUAUGAAAAGUGGAUACUCUCACAAGAACAACACAGUUGGAGAUAUCGACAUUAAGGAGAAUGCAAAAUUUGAAAAUACAAUAACAAGUAAUAAUACAAAUUUGAACAUGAUGAUAAAUGGUAUUCCACCUCCACCUGACAUAGAUGUGAAGAGAGGGAAACUUACUGCACCCACGAUUGGUGUAUUUUGUGAAAAUCAACCCCACAUGCCGAACCCACAGAAUCUACCUAGCCCACCGAGCCCUCCGAACCCGCCGAACCCGCCGAACCCGCCAAAUUCUCAAAGGUACAACAAUGCAUUAAUAAACAGAAAUGGAAUAAACAAUCCGCCUCUUCCAAAUUAUGCAAAUCCAAGUGGGAAUCCUACUACUGCAUCUAACGUGAACACUAGUGGCAUCAAAAGCAGCAAUAACCAUGACGUGGCAAUGAAUAAGCAAAAAAUUAAUAAUAUGAAGAUGAACGAUAAAGGAAAUGUUGCUAACCCCAACUACAUCUCGUUGAGUGCAAAUAAUGCACACCUAUCCCAAAAUACAAAUUUAUUGAAUAAUAGAAGAUUUAAUAUGAACAGCAAUAUGAAUCUUUUGAAAAAUGUUCCAUCGUAUAUUUCGGAAGAGAUGUUAGAUUUAAAUGAAAAUAAUUUGCAUAAUAUGCAUUCGAAUGCUGGAAAUAUGAAAAAUAUAGCACCUCCAUCUAUAGUACGUGAUAAGAUGUUUAUGGGGACAUUUGACCCCACGAAUGGCACUUCAGCCAAUCUCAUGAAUAGCACUGUGGGAAAUUAUUACGAUGAUAUGAAUAGAGAAUCUAACAACCAUCUUCUAAAUAACUCAAUUCCUUCCCUUGUAAGCAACACAAAUGCACCAUUUCCUGUCAGAUUUCCAAACAAUGUUACACUUUCGAAAAACAUACGCAAUACUAGUGCCAGCAGUAGUAAUAUCACAAGAGGAAUUGGAAUAGGGUUAAAUAACAACAAACUUCCGCUUCCGCCAGGCACUCCCACUUCCAGUGCUGGUGGUGUUACAAUGUUUAAGAAUCCAAACUAUGAUGGUACGAAUGAAAUGUUAAUGAACUAUCCCCCAGAUGCAAGUACGAACCCAAAUGUUAACCUGUAUUCUAAGGAAGAGAACUGGAACUUCACGUACCUUCCAAAUGCGGACACACAUAAUAUGUACAGUACCAUUUCUGACAAGAAGGGAAAAUUUCAAUCCGAUGGAUUUGUACCAUCGCACCAUAUGAAUAAUCAUAUAACUCUAACAUCUCUAAGUAAGGAUGGAAAAUCGCUAGGAAAUCCCGGUUUCGAUUUGGACACGAACUUUACUUCUACCUUCAGUCCCAACUUCGAUCCCAGCUUCGAUCCCAACUUCGAUCCGAACUGUAAUGCCAUCCCGGAUUCUCAUUUCGAUAAACUGAACAUGGAACAUGAGUCGACGAAUGAAAGAGCAGGGUUGGGUGGUGGGAUACGACUUGGUGUCAAUGAACCUAUAGAUUCUAUAGAUGCACAGCAUGAUAGUAUUGAUAGAGAACACGAUCAGAGUGACAUGCUGGCACAUAGUAACUUCAAAAGUGUGAAUGAUAACAGUGAUGAUGAUGUGAGCAAUGCAAAUUAUCAAUGUGGAAAUACCCGAUCAAAUGGACAAUAUAGUGGUAGUACCAAUAAGGCACGAACAAGGGAAGAAAAAUUGCAUGAAUGGUUGGAGAAUCAGCUAACUAGCCAAACGAAUAUCAUUUCUGAUGCCUUACAUCUAAUACCGAUGUUCAUGAAUAGCAAUAAUGGGAAUUAUUGUUUAGGAACGACGACAAAUUCGGAUUCUUCCCCUCGUGUUAGCAAACUAAACGAAAAUGAGAAUCCAUGCGCAGACUUAGAAUCCAUUGUUGUAUAUAGCAAAAAUGGAGAAAUAAAAACAGAUGUAGAUGAACAAAAGAAAAAAAUUCAUCAAAAAAAAUUACAUAUCAAUAAUGAAUUCUACACAAAUAUUCUCAUUCCAGAAAGUACAAAAUUCUCAUUUAAGGAAAAAAUAUCUUAUAAAAUAUUUGAAAAUGAACAUAUGAAUAAUAUAUUAUCAUCUACUUGUUACAACCACACUCAAGCUGAUAAUCUGUCAAAUUGUUCAACAUCCCAUAUUAGAGAUCCUACCAAGCGCAAAAGCAUAAUGAGUCAUCUGCCAUUUAAGGAAUCGCUAACUGAUGAACAGGUAGAAGAAAAUGAUUUUCGAACAAAAAUGAUAAAUUUUAUCAUGUCAUCAAACAAGGAAUUUUAUAAUGAACAAGAACACCACAUGAAAGAAGAACAACAAAAUAGUAGUGAAUCAGCAUGUGGUGAAAACACAUUUAAAUCUUGGAUAUCCAACCAGAGGCUCUUUGUACAUGAUGAUGGACUUAUGAACGAAAGUCUCUUCAGAAGUGGUGAGAACCUACAACAUAAGGAAGAAAGUGGCAAUACUGCCAGUAGUACUGACACACAGGAGAAGGAACAACUGUUAAAUAAUAAAGAUCAAAAUGGAAAAGAUGAGAAGGGCAAUAACAUGAGUGACGACCAGGGUGGCAUAGAUAACAAAGUGGAGAAACAAUUGAAUGAUGAUCCGGACGAAAGUACAAAUACAUACCUCUUAAACUUAAUGAAGAGUAAACUUAAAAACCCAAUUUCGAUUCUAACCGGUUUUAGCAGAACAAGCCAAAAAGAAGAAAAGCAGCAAGAAAGUACAUCUGAAUCAGAGGUAAAACGAAAAGAAUCGAAAGGAAAAGAAAAAGACGAAGAAGAUGAUGAUGAAGACAAAGGUGAAGGUGGAAAUGAAGAAUCCCCCAGAAAGAAAAAACUGCAAUAUGAUCUUUCAGAUUCUAAUAUAGGAAUCACCCCAAAAUUGUUCAGUUAUAAAUUAUAUUUACUCAAAAUGUUAUUACAAAAUGAUGCAAUGGAAAAACAAAUAAGUGACAAAAAGGUUUUGAUGAACCAAAUGGAUAUUCCAUCUAUGAAUCUAUUUCUAUUGAAUAAUUAUGCUAUAACAUCAGAAGACAUUAUAAAUCCUUAUUGA